CGUGCGUUGCGUUCCUCUCAAAAGUUGUUGCAUUGCAGCGCACCCAAGGAGCGAGUCUUCCGGAGGCUAAACGAGAAGCUUCAGCAUGAGUCUCAAAUCUGAUCGCUGCUGCUAGAGCGUGUUUAUGGACUGGACUGAUCCAGGAAAAUGCCACUGAAGAGAGAAUGUUUGGUUUUGCUCGUCUUGUCGUGGGUCAGUUCCCUGCGCGCCCAGGAUGAGAACCGUGUGCUGUUUUCUCUGGGAACCUUCCAGAACGUGAGUGUCCCAGUGAACGGGACGGUUCAAGCUGUCGUUUCCCGGGUUCCCGCUGACGUUUCCUUCUUAACACUGCAGUUUCAUACGCAUCACCGCAAUGUUACACUCUCAUAUACACUGAUCCCACUUUAUGGUUUUUCGGUCACUGCAGCAGAUGCUGGUCUGUUAUCCAACUUGACACCGAGUCAGACCACCGUCUCCUGGUUCCUGAAGACCCCCGACGGGAGCAGCGCAGCAGGAAUUGGUGUGAUUCUGCCAUACACCAGCACCGAUCCAGUUCCUGGAGCCUGUAAUCAGGAGUUCCCGCUGGAGAUUGAUCCAAACAUCUACCUGCAAUACAACCUGUUUGAGACCAUGAUUACCUUUGCACCUGCUAACAUCGGAUAUGGAAGAGGGGAGAUUCCCCCGGCGUGUGACGUGGACAUGGGCUCCAGCACUCGUUGGCGAUUGGUGUAUGAGGUGUAUCAGUACUUCCUGCCGGAGGGCGACCUGUCGGAGCAGAGUCUGAUCAGCAGUUUGGAGAAAGUGGCCAAUGUGCAGAACGUGCAGGACAACAGCAGAAAGGUGGUGUCUUUAACCUCUCAUGACCGGACGCAGUUCUCCUUCAGCUCUCUGCCCGGUCAGGGUGUGAUUUUCUCUGUGAUUGUGAGAGAUCCAGUGUUGAACACGUCAGCGUCCUACAUCCCCGUCCACACAUACGCCUGCAGCUUCAAUUCCACGCUGGACGGAUGCAGCGAUUUAGGGAGAGUGUCUACUAAAGUGUUUUUCACUGUGAUUGGUUUGGCUGGGCUUUUUGUGUGUUUUGUGGGACACCGCUUCUUCAAAUGUGAGCUGUUCUGUAUGGGCUUUGGCUUUACAGCGUUUGUAUUCUUUGUCGUGAUCACCAUAACCACACCGCUGGAAUACAACCUUCGAUUGGCUCUGACAGCGCUGAUGGGCGUGGUUGGGGGCGUGGCCAUGGUGAUGAGCUGGUGGCGGUUCGGUUCAGUCAUGGCCUGCGUGUUGGUGGUGGGACUCAUUCUUGGAUUUCUCAUCUCAUCCAUCGUCUUCUUCACUCCACUUGGUGAUCUUCCUGUAUUUCAUAAUGAUGUGGUGUUCUGGGUGGUGUUUGCUUGCAUUAUGGUGUUUGUUCCUUUGUUCUUCAUCAGGUGGCCUAGAGAGGGCAAUAUAAUUACAUGUGGAGUGGUUGGCGCAUAUACAGUGGUCCUGGCCGUCAAUGCCUACACCUACACCAGUCUGUCCUUCAUCACGCUGGAUGUCCUCAAACGCCUCCUCAACCACAACUUCAGCCGAGCGUUUAUCUCCGUACCGCUGCAGGAUAUCGAUUUCAUCAUGAUCACCGUGUGGGUCGUUCUGGGGGUUUCGGGGAUCGUCGUGCAGCUGUAUCGGGAGAAAUCGCGGCCGUUUUUCCCACCGAGCCCAUACGUGAUGUGGAAGCAAGAACGAGAGCGCAGGAAGACCAACGUUCUGGAUCCCAGCCACCACAAGCCGUCUUUAUCAGCCCAAAUCCUCGGACGUAUUCGCCAGCUCACACAGCGCGCAGAACCGGCCGGCGAAACCACACCUCUACUGCUUUAACCUUUGACCUUUGACUUGAAGUCAGUUCACUGUUAGUCCUUCCCCUCCAGAACACGGCUGCUCAAGCCUGUGGAGACCUAUAGCAACAUACAUGAGGAUUGAGCUCGAUUUUUAGAGCCCAAAGACUCUAAAGAGGUUAAAAGCAGCUCACACAGUGUGAGACUGACCGUGUGCACUUAUGUGUGUGUUUUUGUGUAGGUUCCCAGCAGUGCUUGAUCCCAUUGCUGUUUUCAGAUAAAUGUCAAGCAACUGACCUCUACUAUAUACAUCAGCUGCCACAGCGUGAUUUUAGAUGCAUUUUAGCAGCUUAGAGGAAACGUUCAGGGGAGAUUCUUUUAACGUUUUUACUACGUGUUUAGUGCACGAGUGAAUGAGCGAUUUUUAAAGAUGUUCACCAUUAAAAUAAAUGUAUAACAUUCUGUGAUUACAGACCAAAUGAACCGGUGUUCAUUAGUAGUCACUGUAAGCCUCUACGGCUGAUGUUUGAGUGUUUUCUGUGUCUAAGUGAGCGCGUAUGAGUCUCAGCGGAUCCUCACCGAGGUUUGGAGUUCAUGUUAGAAAUAACGAGCUUAUUUUGACUGUUCCUGUGGGAGGUUGAUCACUGCUUCACUGCACUGGUGUAACGCACUUGUAAUGAGGAUUUUAAAUGCAGUGUAAGAGGAAUAUUGAGAAUCUGCGGAGUUUAAAUGUUUUUCAGUCAUUUUCUGUGCUUUAUAACUGGAUAUGUAGCUCUUAAGAUCGAUCUUUGACAGACUGCAAAAUCAGUAGUUUUGCAUUAUUCAUCAAAACACUUCUGGUUUCCUCUCAGGGUUUCUUCAUGCGAUCUUUGUGUCUCUCACAGAAGCAAACUUUUUCUAAAGCAUUUACAACAUGCAGUAAUGUUAAAAUUGUUUUUAAGUGCUAGCAGUAUGCAUUAUUUCUGUUUUGUAUGAAAUGUAAAUGAUUGUCUAAAUAAUUAAAUGUUUAAUAAAGUUGUCAUUUGUGCCUUAACACCUAAAUGAUAUUGUUUUCUAUU